AUGAGUACCGCUACAGAAACAAAAAUUCAAACUCCAGCCGAAGACCAAAAACUUCAGCCCGCAACCGACAAGGGCUACACGAUGGGCACUCAGGGCGCCCAUAACUUGGCUUUCGGUGGCAUAGCUUACAAAGACGUUAGACCUAAGUUCACAGACCCAUUACAAGAACGUCAGCACGUCCUGGAGCAUAUGGCCGGCACUUUCCGUGUUUUUGGCAGAAUGGGGUAUACGGAAGGCCCCGCAGGCCAUGUAUCGGUCAGAGACCCUGUGGAUCGUGAAACGUUUUGGAUUAACCCACUUGGAUUGCAUUUCAGUCAGAUUUGCGUCUCGGACCUCGUUCACGUUGAUUCCCAGGGCAACGUUCUCAAAGAUGGUAACCAGGAAGCCAUAAACGCGGCAGGGUUCAGAAUCCACGCUCAGCUCCACAAAUCUAGACCAGACGUCAAUGCCGCUUGCCAUGCUCACACCAUCUACGGUAAAGCGUGGGCUGCCUUUGGCAAAGAACUCGAUAUGAUCAACCAGGAUGCCUGUAUUUUUUACAAGAGCCACGCUGUGUACCAAGACUUUGGCGGUGUGGUGCUGGAGGAGGAAGAAGGUCUACGUUUGGCCGAAGCCCUGGGCGAUAAGAAAGCGCUUUUGCUGGUGAGCCAUGGUUUGCUUACGGUGGGCGAGACGGUCGACGAGGCCGCCUAUUUGUUCAGUCUGAUGGAGAGAACUUGCCAGGUCCAAUUGCAAGUGGAAAUGGCUUCUGUAGCGGGUCUGCAGAAGAAGAUCAUCGACGACGAAGCCGCCUACUACACGUAUUUCAACACUUCGGAUCCCGAAAGCCUGUACAGUUCAUUUCAGCCAGAUUACAAGCUUGAGGUCAAGCUCACGAACGGAGAGUUUCUGCGGUGA